AUGGCGGGUCCUCCGCCUCCCUUCGCUCUUCAAGGGUUUCAUCAAUGGUCGCAGCCGCCGCCAGCAGAAGCCCCGCUGCCACCGCCUCACCAGCAAGAACGGUUUCACGGGUUCCCCUCAUCCCCAGCGGGGCCACCGGAAUCCCAGGUCGCCGCGUCGCCGCCACCUUCGGCUCCGGGGCUCGUGACGCUCCUGGUGCGGCAUCUCCCCGAGGCCAUGCCUCAGGAAGUGCUAUCUCGGCUCUUCUCGUACUAUGGCGCUACUUCGGUCCGCCCAUGCGUCGGCGGCAGGUUGAUCCCAUCAUUCUCUCGGAUCAUCUCAAUUGUGUUCAUUAAAUUUCCGACGCACCGCAUUAGACAGUCGCUUUAGAUUCAUUUUUUUCCAUCAUGCGUUUUAGUUUCUGUGAAUUACAUUCCAGACCAUCUCCAUCUCUAUCUCUUCUUAUUGUUAUGACAUAUUUUCUCUAAUCAUUUUUUUUCCUUCAGGUUGAGGAACUGUGCGUUCGUAGACUUUGCCAACGAAGCCUUGGCUUCGCAAGCGCAGUCACAACUCAACAGGUGCUGUCUCAGUCACGGACUACUUGAAGUGAUCCUAGAAAGCGACCUUUUAAUCAUAAUCUUGGUUCCAAAUAGAAACUCAUAUACUGAAUUUAUGUGCAAAUACGAGCUCUAAUUUUAUCAGAAAUACGCAGUCAAUAAUGAAUUAUUUUGAAUCCUAUGAUCCAAAUCCUUUAUUGAUAUUUAUCUAGUUUUCCAUCUUUUUAGUGUUCUAUUGUUUUUUUUUUCCUCAGUGAGAUCGAAUGCAUCACAUGAAAAAAUAUUUUUUGUUAAUGGUAACUACCGAAACAAGAUAUGAUAUCUAAUUCCUUAACCCAUGCCUUUCCCCGUUUUGCAAAUUCCCCAGAUUGAGAUUUCUUGGGAAAAUGUUAUCUGUGGAGAGAGCAGGCAAAGUUAUGGGCGAUAAUAAUAAGCCCCAGCAAGGUGAAGCACCACCUUUAAGGUCCUCAUCCAUUCAGAAGGAUCAGCCUGUGACGGGAAAGCUCACAAAAGAUGCUGACAUGAGCUCAAUGCCGAUUGCUGAACCCAUUGCUCCAAGGCUUGGCGUGGACUAUCCAUUUCCACCGUACCUCGAGUAUGUCUCCUCUUGUUCUAUCUCUUUAUGGGUCAACUAUGCCGCUUGAAGCAGACCUCUCGUUGUCUGAAGUUCUUACAUGAAGGAUUUCUCAUUCUUUAAUGCUUAGAGGAACACUGCUUAACUUAUUACCUCAAUUAAUGUUAUAUUUUUUUUAUUUUUUUAUUUCCUGAUAAUUAGAUGUUUAAUCAGAUGAAGUGAAUUUCUAAAAUAUGAUCUACUCCUGGGUAUUCUGAUCCAUUUCAGUUGCCUGUAGUUUGUUGCUUUCAAGUUGUAAUGAAUUGAUUAGAAAGCGAAGUUUCCUGUACCAUGAUACCAAAAAGAAAUUAUUUCCUAAGUUGACCGGAUUGUCUCCUUUGUUUUGCAAUAGUUCCGUUCAGCUAAUCUUCGGUUUUAGGUUGAUAACUAAUUGUGUGACCCAUUGGUGCUCUUCAUGAACUCCUUUUAAUAUUUCCAAGUCAGUCCAAAUCCUCAGGAGGAAGAUAGCAUUUGAUGUGGACAAGUGACUCUUGUUUUAGCAUUUAUUGAUCUUCAAGCACACUGUUGUAUACAUGCUCAAUAUGCUAUUUUUUUUUUUCUUCCCGUGCAGGUAUGAGUAUCCCCCUCCAGAUGGAAACAUAUUGGCCAAUAUUGUCAAUGCAUUAAUUGCUGUUCCUCGCUUUUAUACACAGGUGUUGCGUACUGUGCUUUCCUACUCUCUCUUUUAGUAGUGUAUAAUCUUAUCUUAUGCUUCGAAUACUCUUCCUUUGUCAACGUAAUCCAGCUUUAUAUCAGCGUUCAUGUUGACUUUCUCGUUGCGGACUUGAAAUACGUAGUUUGUUCUGACUGGCAGGUUUUACAUUUGAUGAACAAGAUGAACAUCCCCGCCCCCUUCAGAAUGGCGUUGCCCACGCCGCCUAUUCCUCCAGCGGCACCUCCUCCGCCCCCCCCGCCCCCUCCUAUCUCAGAGCCUCAUUUGGCGUAUCUAUCCAAUGAUGAAUCCGAGCUCGAGUCAGAAGAAGAAGUACUGCUUCACUUUUGGCGACAUAUUUACCUGUUUAUACCUAUUCCAGGCGAUUAUUGUUUCCUUCUUGCUUUCUUCAGGAUGCUUCUGGUGCAGUUCGGAGGGCUAAGCGGGUCAAGCGGGAGGCCAUUGUCGGUCCUGCAGUCGACCGAGGGGUCUCACAUGAAGACGUCGGCCUGAAGCCUGGCAACUUAGUUCCAAAGGAAGUUCCAAUGAUAAAAAAGAAAAACCCCGUCCUGCAGGUUUUCAAUGCCCCAUCAUAGUCCAUUUAAUGAAAACUGUUCUCGAUCUCAUAUCCUAAUGCAUUCAUCUUUGAUCUAUGUUAGUUUAAGAUUGCUCCCAAGACAAUACGAAAUGAGAAUAGAGGUGGUGAUGACACUCUGUUAGUAACUCCAGAUCCUGAGGAGCAGCACUUGGAGCCGAAGUCUUAUGCAGCAGCUGAGGAAAUCGAGAGGGGGAAGCUGCCUCCGGAGGAGCUGCUAUCUCUUCCCAUGUUUAAGGUGAGUGAAUCUGGUUUCCAUUGACUGCAGCGUCAUUGCAUUGAUCGGUGCAUUGAAAGGAUGGGUUAAUGGAGAGAUUGACCUAGGAUAAAAGAUGGAGAAAUCAGGUGAAGAGAGGAAGGGGAGAGGCCCAGAAGAACCCUACGCUAUUGCUUGACCAUAAUAUAUGGAAUCCUGGCUUUCCUUCUGUCUCAUAUUACUACGAAGAAAAUGCACUUUAACGGAUACAUGUAUUUUUGGAAUCGUCGAUAUUGUGCAGAAUUACACUCCUGGGAACCCUGCUGCUGUUUUGUACAUCAAGAAUCUGGCUAAAGAUGUCGUUGUUGACGAUUUCUAUUUCAUAUUUGGUAAGUUUGACUUGCUGAAGCAAGACCUAUCAUUCAUUUCUUAAAUUGGUUAAAUCUCCGCCGAUUUUCUAUGCGUCUACAUGGUUUUUCAGGAUCACUUUUCAGUGGGGUUGAAGAAACCAAGUCGGCGCUUAACAUCAAGUUGAUGCAGGUAACACCUGUUCUUGGUGGUGUUUUGGGGUGUUUGACUUUCCUGCUCACGUCAUCCCUGUGAUUUUGCCAUCCCAAAUUGUGAUUGCCCUCACCAUAUCCUCGGAGGAUGGCUGACCUAUCCAGUUGGUUUAGCAGACAUCAGUUUAUGACUUUGAGGUUUGCUGUUUGAUGGGCGUUGACUUUCAGGAGGGGCGAAUGAGGGGCCAGGCUUUCGUCACAUUCCCAUCCACGGACCUAGCGCAGCAUGCUCUGGUAAGUAUUCCCCCGGGGUCCCACACCAGGUCCCCUUGCUCAAAAUCCCACAUCACUGGGCCUGGGCCUCAAAUGGUUAGGCAAGCUUCCGGCCCGGCCCGCUGGCGCCGCCAUCCAUGCCAAUUGUCAUUAACCCAUAACUUGAAUAGUAAUCAAUCUAUGGUGCUUGGUUGCAGAAUCUGGUCAACGGGUUUGUGUUCAAAGGUAAACCCAUGGUCAUUCAGUUCGGCCGCAACCCCUCUGCCGCCAAACCCAGCUAG